CCUGGCUCCCACCCUCAGUUCCUUCCUGCUCCUCCCUCAGCCAAACCGUGAUGCCCGGUGGAUACAAAGGCGAAUGUGGGGAUGAUGUGGAUCCGAUGCCCAUCCUGGCACCUCCUGAAAAGGAGAGGAUUGAAGCCACGAAUGAGCCCUAUGACAUCAAGAGUUCCUCCUGGGUCGAAGAUGAGAAAGAGGGCUUCGUCGCUGGGGAGACUCAGUCUGAACAGGAUGACCAGGUCACAGUGAAGACAGUCACCAAUCAGACCUGCUCAGGCUUAUUCUGUGUGACAGUCAACACCUACAAGUGGCUGCCCAUCUACGGGGCCCGUGUGGCCAACAUGUACGAAGGCAAGAAGCGCAGGGAGAUGCCGCCCCACUUCUUGUCCAUCUCGGACAACGCCUACCAUGACAUGCUCAUGAACCGUGAAAAUCAGUCUAUGCUAAUCACUGGAGAAUCUGGUUCUGGCAAGACUGAGAACAUCAGGAAGGUCAUCCAGUACUUUGCCAGUAUGGGAGGAACUGGCAAAGAGUCCCCGGAUGGGAAGGGGUCCCUGGAAAAUCAAGUCAUCCAGGUGAACCCUGUGCCAGAGGCUUUCGGGAAUGCCAGGACCAUGAGGAAUAACAACUCCUCUCGCUUCGGCAAGCUCAUCCGAACCCACUCCGGAACUAUAGGCAAACUGGCUGGAGCUGACAUCGAGAGCUAUGUCUUAGAGAAAUCUCGUGCCAUCUCACAGCAAGCGGACGAGAGGAGAUGCCACAUUUUCUACCAGAUUCUCUCCAACAGGGAGCCUGAACUUGUCGAGAGUCUGCUGCUGGUCCCCACUAAGCAGUACCACUGGGUAACGGGCAUCACUGUGGUGGAUUAUGUGGACAAGGGGGAGGAGUUUCAGAUCACAGACGUGAGCUCUGACGUGCUGGGCUUCGGCACCAAGGAGAAGACCAGCAUUCAUAAGCUGACCGGGGGCAUCACGCGCUUUGGCAACAUGAGGUUCAAGCAGAAGCCCGGAGAGGAGCAAGCUCAAGUGGACACCACUGAGGGUAGGUGUGUGGGGGGCAUCGCUGAGCCCCGGGUCAAAGCAGGCAAUGAGUUCGUGCAGAAGGGCCAGGACACGGAGCAGAGCAACAACACCAUCGGGGCCCUGGGUAAGGCCGUCUACGGCAAGAGGUUCCAGUGGCUGGUGGUCAGGAUCAACAAGACCUGGGACCCCAAGAUGCAGAGGCAGUUCUUUAUCGGGGUGUUGGACAUCGCCAGCUUCCAGAUCUUUGGGGUAUGCCUGCCCUCGCAUUCUGUUUCUCCCUUGGGGUGGCCAGCCUCCUUUGAUGAGCUACUUUUCACCAUGGUUCUCUGCCUCCUCACCUUGGACGUGGGGCGGGCCAGUCUCAGGGUGAUGGAGCACGGAUGGAGUGGUCAGCGUGAAGGCAUUGGGGACAGUGCCAACACGUUCAAUCGCUUCAACAGCUGUGCGUUAACGCCACCAAUGAGAAGCUAUGGCAGUUCUCCAGCCACCACGUGUUCGCGCUGGAGCGGGAGGCGAGAGGGUAUCGAAUGGGUCUUCAUAGACCUCAGGCUUGACCUGCAGGCCUGCAUCGACCUUCUGGAAAAGGCCAUGGGCACCUUCUCCAUGUUGGAGGAACGGUGUGUCUUCCCCAAGGCCACUGAUGCUGUGUUCAAGGCAGUCUUGUAUGACAACCACCUGGGCAAGUCCAGCAACUUCCGCAAGCCCAAAGGGGGCCAGGGCGAGGGGCCCGAGGCCCACUUUGAGCUUGUCCACUACGCAGGCACUGUGAGUGGGCUACAUCACAGGCUGGCUGGAGAACAACAAAGACCCCUGAGUGAAACAGUGGCGGGCUUGUUCCAGAAAUCGGCCCUGCGGAUCCUGGCCCUUCUCCUCAAAGAAGAGGAGGCUCCAGGGAAGUUAAACAAGCUGAUGGCCACCCUUCACAGCACCACCCCCCGUUUGGUCUGCUGUAUUGUCCCCAAUGAGUUCAAGCAAUCAGGCGUGGUGGACGCCUGCCUGAGCAUGCACCAGCUGGCUUGCAGCAGAGUGCUGGAAGGCAUCCGUGUUUGCAGGAAGGGCUUCCCAACCAGGCUGCAGUACGCAGAGUUCAAACAGAGAUCAGUGGGCAACUGUAUGGACGUGCGCCUGUGCUGCCGGCUUGGAAAUGAUGACGACUGUCGUCUCUCUCCCACCGGGUACCAAGUGCUGAACCCCAGCGUGAUUCCUCAGGGCUUUGUAGACAACAAGAGGGCCUCAGAGCUGCUGCUUGGGGCCAUCGAGGUGAACACGAAUGAAUACAAAAUCGGACAUACCAAGGGGUUCUUCCGAGCAUGCAUCCUGGCCAAGCUUGAGGACACGUGGGAAGAGCGUCUGGCCAAGAUCAUGACAAUGUUGCAGUGUCGGCUCCAGGGUUUCCUCAUCAGGGUCGAGUUCAAGAAGAUGCUGGAACAAAGAAUUGGCCUGAAAACCAUCCAGCGGAACCUUCGCAUGUUCCCACAGCUGUGUUUCUGGGGCCGGUGGAAGCUCUACAACAAGGUGAGGGCUGAGGGGCCAGGCCAGCCGGGACUGCUGUUGCCUGCGGGCUGGGGGCCUCGGUCCUGGGUGGAGGUGCUUCUUGGGGUGCAUGUGAUCACUGGGGUCUCACUAAAAUGCAAAUUCGGAUGCAGCAGCUCUCCUGCGGGGCCUGAGACUUUGCAUCCUAACCAGCUCGCAAGAGAUGCUGCUGUUGCUGUUGGCCCGGGGACCGUCCUCUUAUGCUUUGUCACACACAUAACAAAGGAGUUCGGAGCUAGCCCAGGCCUCUGUGUGCCCUGCAGGACACAACUCUUUGGGGCCCAUCAUCCCGAGGCUUGCCCGUCAUCUUGGUCCCCUGCAGGGGCCUGGGCCCCUGCCUUUGACUGGGGCUCUUUCUUCCACCAGGAGCAAGAGAACCUGAUAGAUGCAGAGGAGCGCCUGACCCAGAGGAUAAAGACCACAACGGAGCUGGAGAGCCAGAUCUCAGACAUGCGGGAGUGCCUGGAGGAAGGGGAGGGCACGUCAGCCUCUCUGAGCGCCACCAAGCGCAAGCUGGAGGGGGAGCUGAGCUACCUGAAGUGGGACCUGGAGGGCCUGGAGACCACAUUGGCCAAGAUGGAGAAGGAGAAACAGAAAACCCUUGACGACCUGCAAGCUGAGGAGGACAAGGUGAGCCAGCUGUCCAAGAGCAACAGCAAGCUUAGCACCCAGAUCCACAAGUUGGCGGAUAACUGGGAGCAAGAAAGGAAAAUCCAGGUGGAGGUGGAAAAGGCUCUCCGGAAAGCUGAGAGUGACUUGAAGAUGACCAUUGACAAUCUCAGUGAGAUGGAGCAGUGCAAGCUGGAUCUCGAGGAGGUGGCGAAAAGCCCGUGUAGUCAUCAUUUCGUCUGUAACAAUAUUAGCAGUACCUACUCCCAAGAGAAAUGGGAACGCCACACCAUGCAGGGCCACGUGGGGAAGCAUCAGACUGAGCAGAACCGCAAGCGGGAGGCCGAGCUGUUGAAGCUGCAGCGGGAGCUGGAGGAGGUGGCCCUGAAGCACGCGGGCUCCAUGGCCAAGCUGACGGAGCACAUGGAGCACCUGCAGAGGGUCGAGUCCAAGCUGGAAAAGGACAAGCAGGCCGUGAAGGCGAAGACGGAUGACCUCAACGCCGGCAUGCAGACCAUGCAGAAGUCCAAGUCUCGCAGCGCGGCUAUGGGGAGUCUCACCAACACCAAGCACAACCUGGACCUGCUGAAGGAGCAGCUGGAGGAAGAGCAAGGAGCAACUGCCGCCCUGGACAAGAAGCAGCGGGUCUUUGACGAGGUGCUGGCCGCGUGGCAGCAUGAGUGCGAGGAGCUACAGGUGGAGGCGGACAGUUCGCAGAAGGAGUGCCGCGUGUACAUGACAGAAAGCUUCAAGAUCAAGACCGCCUACGAGGAGUUCCUGCAGCACCUCGAGUCGGUGAACAAGGAGAACAAGACUCCGCAGGGUGAGUCUGAGGGCGGGCAGGUGGGACCACAGGGACAAAGACAUAGCCAAGGCCCCCUUCCUCCUGCACACAUCAUGGGUUUGAGCACCCGGCACGUGGUAGAUGCAUAA